AUGCGUUCAAGCUUGUUUCGUCGUCAACGCUAUAAUAGCUCAGAAACAGAACCUUUACUUGCUGCAAUACCUCACCCGAGCCUAAUUCAAAAUGAGCAAGCAGAAGGCAACAACGGUGCCAUGGCUGAUGUGGGGGUAUCACAAUCAGUACUAGUUGAGCCAAGAGGGGACAAUGGAAGAAAGCUACCGCAGUACAUUGCCGCCUUGUCAGCAACUCUCGGCGCUUUGGCAGCGGGUUCGAUGCUCGGGUGGUCUUCUCCGGUUAUUUUCAAAAUAACACAAAGUAACAGUACAGAUUACAAUUUCGAUGUGUCUGCAAGCCAAGGUGAUUGGGUGUCGUCUCUCAUCAAUCUCGGUGCAGCGGCAGUAUGUUUUCCCAUAGGACUUAUAAUGGAUGCGAUAGGACGAAAAACUACGAUGCUUUUACUUAUUAUUCCAUUCACAUUAGGAUGGCUUUUGAUAACAUUCGCAACAAAUGUCGGAAUGUUAAUGGCUGGCAGGUUUAUCACUGGUAUAGCAGGUGGAGCUUUCUGCGUAACAGCACCAGCUUACACGAGUGAAAUUGCACAAGACUCCAUCCGAGGAACUUUGGGCAGCUAUUUCCAAUUGAUGAUAACAGUUGGUAUUCUUUUCGCAUAUGCUGUCGGAAGCUACACAAGCGUUUUUGUAUUCAAUAUCCUUUGUACUUUGAUCCCCAUUAUCUUUGGUAUCAUCUUCUUCUUUAUGCCCGAGAGUCCCAACUUUUUGGUUGUAAAAGGCAGAUCUGAAGAGGCUAAGGAAGCAUUAAUAAGAUUACGUGGCAGGAAUUAUGAUGUUGACAGUGAAUUGAAUAAUCUCCAAAACAAAGCAGAAGCUGCUAGUAAUGACCCAUCAUCCUUCGUCACAUCCAUCACAAAGAAAACUGCUUUAAAAGCUCUAUUAAUUUGCUACGCCCUUAUGUUGUUCCAACAAUUGUCUGGUAUUAAUGCGGUUAUUUUCAAUACGUCGGCCAUCUUUGAUAGCGCAGGCGCAACUAUUCCGGCUGCAAUCGCAACUAUACUUAUUGGUGUUAUUCAAGUUAUCGCCACUUUCAUUUCUAGUUUGGUCGUCGAUAAACUGGGCAGACGCAUUCUCCUUCUGUUCUCUGCUUUGGUAAUGUGCCUAUGUUCAACUGCUCUUGGCGUAUUUUUCUUUUUAAAAGACACUCACGGUGGCGAUUCUUCAAUCGUUGAGUCGAUAUCCUGGUUGCCUCUACUUUCUCUCUCUUUGUUCAUCAUCGCGUUUUCCCUGGGCUUCGGACCCAUUCCUUGGAUGAUGGCUGGAGAGCUUUGUCUGAUUGAUAUCAAAGCUUUCGUCGGUUCUACCGCUGGAACUUUCAAUUGGUUACUCAGUUUUACCGUCACAAGUACUUUUAAUUCUUUAAACACUGCCAUUGGCUCGGGACAAGUGUUUUGGAUGUUUGCCGGUAUUAUGCUUGUUGGGUUCGUUUUCAUAUUCUUUGUCGUACCAGAGACAAAAGGAAAGAGCGUUGACGAAAUUCAAAUUAUGCUUGGUGCGAAACCACAGACAAUUAAUGGAGAUGAGAAAAAA